UAAGAGGAUGGGAUACGUUUAAGACUGACAAAUUUACGAGAGUACGAGAACGAUUGCUCUUUGGUUGUUAUCAGUUGUUGCCAGUAACGGAUGUCCAGUUGCACUUGCCUCGAGGGCGUACAGUAUCAAGGACCAAAGAUUCGUGUUUCUUUAAAUAUAAUUUAUCCAAACAACAAAUUCCCGGUUACCAGUUACCAUUAAGUUGUAUAAGAAUUUUAACGAGUUUGUAAAAUAAAAUUAAACUUUAUUUUCAUUCAACGACGAGCAAUAAAAAUUACUGACAUCAAUUUAAAUUAGUAACCAUGAGACUAUUUUCAACAUUGCUGUUCCUCAAUUUCGUGCUCAGGUUGAGCAAAAGCCAAGACCUCUGGAGCUGUGGACCUCCAUGCAAAUGCAAAUGGGUGUCAGGCAAAAAAUCUGCAGACUGCACAGCACAGAAUUACACCCACGUACCAAACUAUUUGUCAUCGGAGAUACAAAACCUUGACCUCACUUUCAACCCAAUAAACCACUUGGAAAAAGACGCAUUUAGUCUCGUAGGCCUCGCCAAUCUCCAAAAACUAGUGAUGCGUAAUUGCGGAUUACGGACAAUAAACACUGGCGCCUUCAACAGGCUAGAACUACUGGUUGAGCUCGACCUCACAGACAAUAACAUUACGAGCCUAACACCCGGUACGUUCCUGGAGGCCCAGAAUCUACGUGUGAUUUUCCUAAACCAUAACUCCUUGCAAUCUCUCGAUAACGGUCUGUUCCAUGAUCUCAAGCAUCUCCGGCGACUUGAAAUAUCCCACAACCGCCUGGAACGUAUCUCAGACCGAGCAUUUGAUAGUCUAUCGAAACUAGAAGCGCUUACGUUAAACGACAAUAAUUUAACAAGUGUUCAGCUUGUGAGCUUUGAAAAUUUGACGAAAUUGUACAGCCUUGAAUUGCGUAACAAUCAGUGGAACUGCGAUUGCCAAUUGAUAAAAUUUCGCAACUGGACAAUAGAACAUGAAUUGUACACAAAGGACACAACUUGUUUCCAACCAGACUCACUGGCAGGUAAAAUGUGGGAUGAAGUUGAUCCCAACGAAUUUGUCUGCCAUUCCAGUGGAAGUUUAAUUACUUUGCCAUUGGCAUGGGUACUCGGUGGAACAGAAGUAUUCACGGGUUUAGUCAAUCAAAGCAUGGGGAUGAUCUCAGUGCGGAACAAUUAAAGUUCAGUGACUGAUUUCAUGCUAUCUUGUUAUACUCUCUUAAAAAAAAUCAGUGAAUAUCUACUGAUUUGCAGUACUUUUCACUGAUUCAUUUUAAGAAAGUAAAUAUUGUUAUUUCAUCGUAAGAUGGACGGCAGUGUUCAAAAUAAAUAAAUUAAUUGAUUUGAUACUGUCAGA